GCGCAAUCGAAUUACCCAAUACUAGCAGCACGAGUGCAUGGUCAAGUCGACACUGGUUGCCAACGCAAUCUACUCUGGCCUUCAGCCUCCAACCCAAAUGAAUUAAAUAUUCUCAUGUUGAACGUCGCCCUUCGCAUAUACCCGAUCGGUUGCGACAAUGUUUGUACCAAAAACAGCAGUUACGUCUACGGGUCCCCUGCGCAACCCUCGAAGGCGUCAGCGCACAGGUUCUGAUGAUUCCGUCAAGCCACCAAGUGCUAAAAGGCAACGCUCCGCUUUGCGGAAUGGAGAUGUCGGGACAUCGUCAGAAACCCAGGUGGGCCAGCAUAGUUCUGAUGAGUCUUCGGAGCAUCCAAUUCACUCAACUUCGGACGAAAGCGCAACAUUCGCUGUCGAUUCUUUCUCCAGUGCAAAAGCGAUACCAAUUAGGACCCUGCAGAAGAGUGAGAAAGAAGUUGACAAACUUGACGCUACUAUUGUACUAUCGAAAACAGAUUUCUAUACAGUAUCACAACUCCCUACAUUACCUGAUCAGCUCCGCAAUUCGCAGCCUGGACCCUUGACAUGUUUUGCCGGAAUCAGUCUGGGGUAUGGAUUGGCUAUGACAAACUCCCAUGCAAUAAUUUGGCCAUAUGCAAUUGCUGCCUCGUCACCUUCGCCCGCCGAUGUUUUCACAGUUUCAAUACCUGACCCACACAAGGAUUCUGCAGAAACAGUCCCUCUAGGCGUCUUAUUAUCUGCUGCAACGAAUGGCGUUCCUGGCCUGAUGAUCAUUGUGCCUCACAGUGGAAUAAUUGUUUACUGGGAAACCGUUGCUAGUGCAGCGUCUUUGGGGUUGCAGAGACAGAAACAAACAGGAAUCCAGGCUCAGAUAAACAAUCUGUCUUAUGGCGAGUACGCUACGGAUUUGAUUAGUUGCGAGCCUUCUGGGGUCUUAGCUACAUUUUCUACCGGGCGUGUCGCACACAUAACAGUCAGAGACCCCCAGGGCAGGCCCAUGGUGAGUGUCAACUUCCUCCGGAAUUCGUCAAGCAACAGUCGCGCCGGUAGCUUUUUGGGGGGGAUCAAACACGUGCUUGGCAGUGGCUUUUGGAAGAAAGAUCUAGCUGCUAUUCGGGCAGGUCAAUCCCAUCAGCGAGGUCAACGCGAUGUCAUUAUUGCCACCUCAUCCGGUGUCAUCGAGAUUUGGGAUACGCAUUGGAACAAUGGGAGCAUUCUCAGGAAACAAUUCGACAUAAAGAGCCACCUCAACCAGUUUCUCAGGGCGCAUUAUGAGGCAAUUACCGAGGAUUCCAAUAUUCGGAUCUUAGACUUUGCAUUCCGGCCCGUGAAGAACAACACAAAUUGUUCGCCUGUCGAGAUCGCAGGGGCCUGCCAAAUCCUCUUGGCUCUAGCACUCCCCGAGUCAAAAAACAACAGUGUUUCUCUGGUACAGCUCGAUUUAUCAGAAGAAGUCCGUAUCGAUUUUAUCACUUCUGUCGAUCUGUACAGCGCUUCUACUGGUUUGGACAACACCAAGCCUAAGCUCCUGGUCCCCCAUCCUGGAGAUACGGCAUUCAUUAUGAUAGGACACUCAGUUAUACUUGCAUCAUUGACACACUUAAAGGGCCCAGUUGCUGGGGCCCCGUUAUCCAUCGAUGCCGAUCAGAAACAGCGAGUUCCACAUGAUUCACUCACUUUUCGCUCAGGCGAAGGCUACGAGAUCUUAGGUUGUUGCCCCGAACACCAGAGUAUCGAGAGCUCACCCCCUGCCUGUCUCGUUAUGGUCCGGGAUUUCGGCCUUAUUCGGAUCUCUGCCUUCCCGCGUCAGAUAACAAAGAGCACAAACGAAAGUGUCAGUGUCUCCGCCAAGGAAAAAAUCGAGCAAGCGAUAUUCUACGGGACCAUGCUAGGCAACCCUUUGAGUCUGAAUAGAAAGAGCGACCUGGCUUUCCCCCCAAUUGAUAUAGAGCAGGCCGCACUGGAAAUCUGCUCAGAGAUACUGCACUCCACCUCUAGAUUUGUACCCACGACGGCAAUAUCAAUGGAUCAGAACUUGAGGUCUCGAGCGAAGGCGCUUACAGAUCUGGCGUCGCUCUUAAUGGACCUGAAUUUGACGAUCAACCGGCGAACUUGGUGGGAGUUGUUGUGGGGCGCAGAGAAACUCGCGGCUCAAAGAGCUUUGUGGAGAUGGGAAGAAAAUGCUAGGGAAAAUAAACCUUCCGGUCCAACCUUCCUCGGUCAUGUCAUUGGCAUCAUGAGUGAUAAAUUCAAAACCUGCAAUGACAAGUCAGGCGGUGAAAUUGAUCCAGUGCGCAGCUGGUUACUAUACGAUACCUCUCGAAUGGAACACAUUGUUCCAUGGAUAUACAAUGCUAUCAAGCCCCAAAAAGGACAACCUACAAGACAAGGACGAAUGAUGGCUGAGCAGAUACAUGAGGCUAGCGAGCUUUCCUUGGCCGUGUUAGAGACCGCUUUUCAAUACCGAGAUGAGCACGCCAAGCAGUACGGCAUUGGCGAUGGUUAUCUAGAAGAUGGGGUUUUGAUUACCGGCUACAAGGAUCUUCCGGAAUUCUGGACUUCAAAGAGCAUUAGCUGCGUUGAAACUGGUCACCUGUUAGAUUUGGAACUUGACAGCUGCAGGCUUUGGAUCCAAAAGCCAAGUUCGACUGUUGAAGCCCCCGAGCACCAACUGAUCAAACGAAUCGCGAAAAACUGUACAAGGAAACUUCAGGUUCUAGGCCAGAUGCACAGUGAACGAGUCCGGUGGCUUAACGCUCAAGAAGACCCCAAAUUGCUUGAAGAGAGCAUCUCUACGGAGCAAGCACUUGUCAGGCAACGGAAAUGGCAAUUGUUCAAGCUAGCGGGCAUCGGACAACUGAAAGACGCUAUCGCCAUGGCGGAGAAAUUUCGAGACAUGGGGGCUUUGGUAGAGCUCAUAAUCGAGUUACAAGAUCAGACCAAGAGCCGGAAUUUGCAACAAACUUUCCCAGGAAAGACCUCCGCCGUUGCUGCUCCUGGUAGCGAGUCGGAGGAUCUUAGUAGGAAAAUCAGCUUAUAUUUUGAGAAAUUCGGGGAGCCAUGGGCAGAUGCCUUCUUCUCGCGACAAAUCUCGAUGGGCCAACCUGGAGUAUUGUUCGCAAUGACUAAAUUUCAAACCUUUGUCACUAGGUUCUUACAUAAAUAUCCAGCUUAUUCGCGGUUAGGCUGGAUCAAUGAUGUGCUUGGCGAACAUAAUUUCGACGUCGCUGCUCAGUCAUUGGAAAACCUGGCCAUUGAACAGGAAUCAGACAUCUGGAGCCAUCGAGCCCAAUUAUCUUUCUCAAAGCUUGCCAAACUGGCAUCAUGGGAGGAGGGCAAUUGCUCAGAGAACCCAGCUCUUCAUCACGAUAUACGGCGUCUCGAAGACCUUGCCGAAAUCGAUGCAGUCCAGGAAGUCGUUCAUGCCUACAUUGCACCAGUGCUACAGGGCGCGAUAGAUCACAAGGCUGAAAUCGAUCUGGCCAUGGGUCACUUUGGGAAAUCAACUGCCGAGGACAGACCAUCGCUUCAUGAAAUUCUAAGGGAAGCCUUGACUCGAAUAAUCAACAGGCAGGUCGUCGGUGUCGAGCGAUUGGUCGAUUUUUUGACGUUAAUGGAUUCCACUGGCGAUACCGAACUCGAUCAAAACGAAUUUUCAGGAAAGGAAUUCUAUUUGGCUUUGCGUGCAAUUCGACUCAGCCCCUAUGGCCAACGCGACCCCCUAUAUAAUGCGGCGUUGCAAAAGCUGGUAUGGCGAAGAUGCAUGCUAAAAGACAAUUGGAUGGUCACAGGUCAGGCCGUCCAGGAAGUGGAUCGUGAAUUCGAGUCUUUCCUCUAUAAUUCCACUCUUUUCCGUACCCUCGACUUAUGCCUAAAAGACAGACAAAACGAAGACAACAACGUUUCGCUCUUUGUACCCACCUCUCCUCGUGAUGUGUCCCUCACGGAGUCGGAUUUGAGUCACCUUGUUUCCCGGUUCCCCCUUGAGAAGCGCAGUCGAAUUGGCCGUGAUCUGGAGAGGGAGAAUGAGACUUUAACUCAGAACGUCGAGAGCGGGAAGCUUGAGUUUUGGUUCAACCAUCUUGUUGCAUGUGCGGAAAACGCUGGAUCAACGAUGAACACAGCCAGUGUCGAAAAUGGGUUUAAUAACCACCAACGGCAGCUUGAACAAUCCUCACCACGUUCACCAGAGUCGGUUGGGAAAAAGUCGCGCUUAAGUUGGCUUUGAAUUCUUUUAACCUCGGCUCCUGACAACGUUUCUUUGGUUGUUUUUGGUUUGCUUCUUGAAUCGCGUCCGACCGUCUACGAGUAAUAGAAAAAGAACCCUGGCUCAAUCAAUGUGUGUGCAUAUCGGCUUAGUUAGGGAAUUCUUAGUUGGGUGAUCAACAACUACGUGUUAUUUCCCUGGCGUUAGAGGAACAUGCCAAUCGAGUUCUUGAUGAGGUUCUUUCGGGAGCCAACCCACAUUUACAUGGGUUCACAGUGCCCUAGGCGCGGUUAGGCGGACUAGGGUCGUGGUAAGCAAGGAGGGUGGUUUUAUGAUCUGCAAUUCGUAGGCCGUCAAUCGAUAAUUCAGACUCAUGAGACUUAUCUAGCCUAAUGUGUAUUCACGGGGAUGCUAAAGGACGGCUGAACUUCAUUCCGACCUAAUUGCUCGAUAAUUUGCGGAUCCCGCAGUCCCCAUUACUACUACUACUGGCACUGCGAGUUUUACUGGUAGCGCUCCCAUCUGCGAUGCUAGUGACAUCCAGAGUUUUGUCCAAUACUUCUCCAAAGACGGGCUCCGGUUCGGUGGUUUCGAAUUUUGUUCUGAAUUCCCCAAUGCCUUGGGUACUACUAUUCGAGUGGCGUCGAGCGUUCGUAAAAGUGUAGUCAUAGUCUUGAACUUCGUCGCCAGAGCGACCCCUACAAUAUAUAAUUACCAUUAGGAGCGGUAUUAUCUGAAGAGUCAGAAGCUUACCAGUUCCUCUUUCCCCCGCCGUUUUUCUUUGUCUUGCGGGGAUCGGCGUCAACUGGCCCAGACUUGGUAAAGUAUCGGGGAAGUUGCUCGUGGGGAGCAGCCGAUACACCAUUGGCCAGCGAACGAUCCCGGUAAUUGGCCUUGUGGGAACGUGUCA